CACAUCCGUGGUGAACCGCCUUUUUGAUGUGUAGAACAUCCCACACCAACCAUGUUUGGGUUUCGAUUUUCUUUCAGAUUGUAUACAACAUUGUUGGUUUCCCAUUUUUAAACCCGAUCUAUAAAUAAACUCCGCCCGAACUCUCCUCGGAUGUCCUUUAAACAGUCAGCCAUACCUUCAUAUAGGUAUACUUACCCAAAAGAUUUAUUCAUUAAAUAAAUGUGAAACAGUUUCAAAUAAACCUUUAUGGUAAACUACCAUUAAAUGUCAACAAAGGACUCUUCUAUAAAUUCUAAACUUUUACUUCAAAAGACCAUUCACCUGGAUUGUCACGGUAGUAAGAAACGCUGUAUAAGCCAUCGUUUUGUUCUGGAAUGGUAUGAAAUGGUUCGCGGUAAAAUAGACAUCUUUUAUUUUAAUUGGCAGACGCAAAAAAGAUCUAGUUUAGUAACUAAACGUUAGUCACUACAAAUUCAAUGGAUCGAGACCAUUCGUAUGAUUGGGAUGACAACUGACAUGUUAUGAAAUUCGCGCCAUUUAAGUAGAAGAAUUUUGUUUACAACGAAAAUAUAAAUUUUUAAUUGCGAUGCAUGCUUUUCUAAAAUCCGGUAAACUAGGGGAUACAUCCUUGAAAAGUGCUUCGAAACCUAUUAAGAAACCAAAAUCGAUACCUUGGGUAGAAAAAUAUAGGCCCAAAACUGUAGCUGAUGUUGUUGAACAAAAUGAAGCGGUUUCAGUUCUUGAACAGUGUAUAUUGGGAGCAGAUUUACCAAAUCUUUUGUUUUAUGGUCCUCCGGGUACCGGAAAAACAAGUACAAUUUUAGCAGCAGCAAGACAACUUUUUGGAGACAUCUAUAGAGAAAGAAUUUUGGAACUUAAUGCUUCUGAUGAACGAGGAAUUCAAGUUAUUAGAGAUAAGGUGAAAACGUUCGCACAGUUAACAGCUAGUGGCACCAGACCAGAUGGCAAACCUUGUCCACCAUAUAAGAUUGUAAUACUAGAUGAAGCAGAUUCAAUGACUCAUGCAGCUCAAGCUGCUUUGCGUAGAACUAUAGAAAAAGAAACAAAAACUACGAGAUUCUGUUUAAUAUGUAAUUAUAUAUCAAGAAUUAUAGAACCUCUUACUUCUAGAUGUACAAAAUUUAGAUUUAAACCAUUAAAUGAGAAUAUGAUAUUUGAAAGGUUGUCUUAUAUAUGUAAGGAAGAAGGAAUAUCUGCCGACGACGAUACUUUAACAAGUCUAGUGGAUACAAGCAAUGGGGAUAUGAGAAGAGCUAUCACAUGUCUACAAAGUUGUGCUAAACUCAAAGGAUUGCAAGAAAAAAUUGAUAUUGACAAUGUUAUAGAAGUUACCGGAGUAGUGCCAAAUCAUUGGCUUGAUGAGUUUUUAUCUGUGUGUAAAAAUUUGAACGAUUAUUCACGUUUAGAAGAAUUUAUUCAAAAACUAAUGUUAGAAGCAUAUGCAGCUUCCCAAAUAUUGGAUCAGUUAAAUGAAAAAAUUGUGAAUAGUGUUGAGUUUAAUGAUAAACAAAAGGCAGUAAUUGGGGAAAAGUUAGGAGCAGUUAGUUUUCGCUUACAAGAUGGAGGUUCUGAAUACAUACAAUUACUUGAUUUAGGAAAUUCCUUGAUUAAAGCUAAUGCAAUGGCAUAAUUUUAAUUUGUUUUAUCAUUUUUCCAAAUAUAAUCAUUCUUUAUAAUAGUAAUAUCAUUUAACACCUAGAAUUGUUGAUAAAUAUUUUAAUUUCAACAUCUCAGUGUGUUAAGGCACACAAUUAAUAAGUGUCAAAUUACUAUUCACAUAUUUUAUCAAUUCAGAAUGUUGAUACUUGUUUAAAUUGGGAUUACCUUAUUAGAAACAAGUACACCAUCCAUUUUAUUUCAUAAUUUGCUGUAGCACUGGGAACACGUGACAAAUUAUCUGAAUAGUUGAAGGAAACAAGACUAACAAAAAAAAAUUUUAUGUAAACAUGUUAUGAAAAAAAUACAUAACUAAAGCAAUAAUACAACUAUUAUUUUCAGCUUAUUAUUGGUAAAUUUAAAACCAAAAUUGCUUCAAAAAAGUUAUGUAGACUUGGAAGCUAAUUUUAAAUUAUAUACUAGAGCCAUAUUAACAUUAGCAACAACUCUUCACAGAUCUCGGGACAUGAAAAACUUUUUUGUUGAUUUAUCUCAAAUUGUAGAAUAUUUUAAACAAAAUUUAUGGACUUCACAUGAUUUUGAACAGUUUUUAAUAGCUUAUGGUCAAUUUGCUGGGGAUAUUGACAUAUUAAGGUAAAUUGUAAAUAAAUAAAAAAUAAUUUCCAUGUUCGUUUGAAAAUUAAGUUUUCUAAAUAAUCUACUAUUAUUUCUUAUCCAAUGAAAAUUCAAGUUUUCAUAAUUUCAGGUCAAAUGCAGCUUUAAAAGCAAGUUGGGAAAAAUUUUUGAAAGUAAUUACUAAGUGCUUGUUAAUAAUGUAUAGUUAGAAAGAGAAAUUCAACAAUAUCAUAAUAUUUUGUUCUGUUACUGUUUCUGUUUAUUUUGUUUGUAUAAAAAAAAUUAAAACUUGUUUUGAGAA